AUGUUGGCUACUCGACCGACCUCCAACUCAUAUUCUCAAAGUGCCUUCAACAACACUGCCACAGACCCGGACAUCGAGAUUACCUGCAGCAGCUACAUGUGGAAGUGUCAUAAGCUCAUCCUUCGCAACGCGUCCGAGUGGUUUCAGCGAGCCUUCGCGAGUGGUUUCCAGGAGGGUACAGCCCAUACCAUCAAUCUACGAGAGGAUCUGUCUGAGCCUGAAGACGCGAUUGAAGCAAUGUUGAGGUUCUGCUACUCCACCGACUACAAGCAGCUCGAGCCAGCUACCUUCAAAGUCCGUGUAUUCUCACUUGCUGAGAAGUAUUUCGUCAAAGGCCUUGACCUGUUGGCGAUCGACAAGUUUCUUGCUUCAGUUGGCAAGGGCACUCCCGUUCCAGACCUGACUAAGGCUAUCUCGGAAGCGUACGCCAUCUGCGUGGACUCUGAGCGUCUGCUGAAGGACGCCAUCAUCAAGCAUGUCUCCGAGCAGGCGGACUUUCUCAUCAACUUCAGUGGUGAAAAGGAGGAGUACAAUGAGCUGAUGGAGAGUACACCGGGCUUCGCUGCGGACGUGACAAGGGUGCUCGCGAAGCAGAUGCAGGCCACUCGAAAGCGCCGAGCUGAGAGUCCACCACCUGAGUCCUCUUCGCGAGCACGGCCUGUGUCCGAUCGAGCGGGACGCUACCGCUAUGCCUGCCCUGACGGCUGUGGAACUGCCCGGACCUUUAUCUUCACGAACUUGAACCAGACUGCCAGCAUUCAGUGUCCCGUCACUACAAGAUUCUAUCAUCUUACAGGUUGGGAGUGGCAGCGUUACUAUUUGGGUACGUAG